AUGUCGCAGAUUUCUUCUUCAUCAACAAAUCCGAGCCCUAGUGCGAGGAAGUUAUGGAAGGAUGGGAAUUAUAAACGAACUGUAAUCGCAUGCUUCAUACAAGCAAUAUAUUUGCUUGAACUCGACAGACAAGAGAAUAGAGAUGAAGCAAAUGCUCUAGCUCCUAAGUGGUGGAUACCCUUUAGGUAUAAACUAUCCCAAACCUUAGUCGAUGAAAGAGAUGGAUCCAUAUUUGGGGCAAUUUUGGAAUGGGAUCGAUCUGCAGCACUUGCUGACUUUGUACUCAUCAGACCAAGCGGUGCACCAAAGGCGAUUCUAGCACUUAGAGGAACAUUGCUCAAAGGCCCAACUAUGCGAAGGGAUAUUGAAGACGACCUUCGGUUUCUUGCUUGGGAGAGCUUGAAGGGCUCUGUUAGGUUUAAAGCAGCUAUGGAGGCUUUGAAAUCAGUUGCUGAAAGGUAUGGAAGUAGUAAUGUUUGUAUUGCGGGACACUCAUUGGGGCCUGGAUUUGCUCUCCAAGUGGGAAAAGCAUUAGCCAAAGAAGGGAUUUAUGUGGAAACUCAUUUGUUCAAUCCGCCUUCUGUUUCGCUAGCAAUGAGCUUCAGAAAUAUCGGAGAGAAAGCAGGAUUUGCUUGGAAGAGAUUUAAGUCAAUGCUCCCUUUGAGAAGUGGAGCUCAGGUCAGCAGUGAAGAAGGGGAUAGGACUUCUGGUUUUGGAUUGAAGAAUAGGAUGCCAAAUUUUUCGGGUUUGAAGAAUCCUGGUAUGGGUUUGGGAAAAUGGGUUCCUCAUUUGUAUGUAAAUACCAGUGACUACAUCUGCUGUUCUUAUACUGAGCAUGAUGGAGAAGUAAACAAUGCUAACAAGGAGAACGUGCGUCCAACAAAUGGUCAAGUAGCAGCAAAGCUGUUUGUGAUGUCAAAGGGAAACCAGAAGUUUUCGGAGGCUCACGGAUUAGAGCAAUGGUGGUCUGAUGAUUUGGAACUUCAACUGGCUAUGCAUAACAGUAAGCUCAUUAGCAGGCAGCUGAAAUCCUUGUAUAGCCUUCCAGCUCCACAACAAACACUUGCUAGAUAACAAAGGCCCUCUUGUUUUCUUUCUUUCUUAAAUAACUCGUUUUCGACU